AUGCUCGAAUAUCGAACGGAAGGCUUUCAAGGCUACGCUGUCAAGUACUCACCCUUCUUCGACAACCGUAUCGCGGUAGUAGCGGCUGCCAAUUUCGGACUGGUUGGAAAUGGCAGACUCUAUGUUCUAGAGCUGACCACGCAAGGCAUCCGACCGGUGAAAUGGUACCCAACUCAAGACGCACUCUACGAUGUCAGCCACUCCGAAUCCCACUCGGCCCAUCUCCUCACAUCCAGUGGUGAUGGCUCCCUCCGCCUCUUCGACACCAACCUCGAACCCACUUUUCCUAUCGCAACAUUCUCCGAACACUCCCGUGAAGCCUUCUCCUGCGCCUGGAACCUUACUGCCAAGUCUACCUUCGCCUCCUCCUCUUGGGAUGGCACAGUCAAGAUCUGGAAUCCAGAACGUGAACGCAGCAUGCUCACCCUCCCAACCCACAGCUGCACCUAUUCCGCACAAUGGAGCCCGCGUGACGAGGGGAUCAUCACCGCAGUCUCGAGUGACUCUCACCUCCGCCUCUGGGAUCUACGUACACCAGCCAGCGCAAGCAACCAUCUUCAGCUCCAGAUCCCGCUUCAUGCGGCGCCGCUGAGUGCAAGGGCGAACUCAGCGAGACCGCAACCCACCUUCCCACCCAACGAAGCUCUGACUCAUGACUGGAACAAAUACCGCAGCACCGUCAUCGCCGUGGCAGGUGUAGACCGCAUCAUCCGCACCUUCGAUAUUCGUCAACCUGCUGGUCCAAUGCAGCUUCUCCAAGGUCAUGAAUACGCCGUCAGAAAGGGUGUGGAGUGA